AUGCUGCCAUAUGCUACCACUAUUACGAUUUCAGUUGCCUGUCAAAGCUGUGAAGCAUCUCAAGUGUCGUUCGAUCCGGCUAAUGGUGACCCUGGUCGAAUCGAUUCAGACUUCCGGGUUGGAGGAACCAAUGAUCCAGCAACGGAUGCUUCAACGAUUGACUGCGAUAAUUGCACUGCUCAACCAGCUGAUGGUUUCUUCUCACUUCAUGGAAAUUUAACGAAUUGUCGAGGCGUGGCGGCUGAGAAUCAGGACAUGGGACAAAUUGUCGAAGCUCUUCUACAGAAUUGUAUGGAUGGGAGCCAUGGUUCAGUCGAGUAUGCUGGAACCAAGGUGAACUCCGUUCAGUGCACUGAGGCACCGAUCCCGUAG